CUAAACCAGACCGGUUAGAACCAAUAAAUAUUGACCACUACAACGCAACGCCCUCUACAAGACCAAAAACCUUCAAAGUUCCAGUUGUGUUGAAAACUGGUUUAGUGAGAUACACUACAAUGAAGAUAACAACGAGGCAAGCAGACCUGGAUGCAAAGAUUCCAGGAAGUGUUGCAGGUUUCGUUCUUCUUUUUGCUCUCGGGCUGGUUGUUUACCUGCUUCUGCGAAGACGAUCCCACAAUAGACCAAAAGAGGAAUCCAUGACGCCUGAAAAGGAACAUUUAAAAGAAAACGAUGUGGAAACCAUAGAACUCAUGCGUUUAGAAAGAAGUGCCGUGCAAGAGACGGUUGAUUACAUUAUUGUUUUACAAGACUGGGAGAUCUCGCCAAACAGUUUGGUCGUGAUGGACAUAAACCUUGGAGAAGGCCAAUUUGGAAUUGUAAAACAAGGCGUAUGGACACAUCCUGCUUCUGGCAAACCAGAAGAUGUGGCUGUAAAAAUGUUGAGAGAAAACCAUAGGGAAUCUGAAUUAUCCAGUAUACUAUCGGAGAUAAAAAUAUUGAAAAAAGCCAACAAUAAACGACAUCCGAAUGUAAUAAAGUUCAUCGGAGGCUGUUUCUUUGAAGGAAAACUGUUGGUGGUGACGGAGUUUUGUUUCCAUGGAAAUCUAAAAAAAUUCCUGAUCAAAAGUAGGGUCAGUAGUGACUCAGAAAUCUUAACUCCAAUUUACGCGAAUAUAAAAUCAACCUUGGACCAUCGUGAACUGUUAAGAAUAGCCAGAGACGUUGCCAAUGGAAUGGCUCAUCUCUCUGCUAACAAGUUUGUCCAUCGUGAUUUGGCGGCCAGAAAUAUUCUGAUUAAUAAACAGAAAGUGGCAAAAAUUGCUGACUUUGGUUUGGCGAGAGAUAUUGGAAGUGCUGAAGAAUAUAUACGAACUCAUCAGAACCUACUUCCUGUGAAAUGGAUGGCUCUUGAAAGUUUACUUCAUGGUUGUUUUACAACGGCUAGUGAUGUAUGGAGCUUUGGAGUUCUUCUUUAUGAAAUAACAACUCUCGGCGGAGAACCAUACGAGAACAUAUCUCCAUAUAAUGUUAUUGUUUGCAUUGGUUCUGGAUUUCGAAUGUCAAAACCAGCUCACUGCUCCAGCGAAAUCUAUAAAAUAAUGAGAGAUUGUUGGGAAGAGAAUCCACAAUGUCGGCCAACCUUUCCGAAAAUAUUGAAGGAACUUCGUGGUAUGCUUACAGACAACGAGAACUUAUAUAUCAAUGUUACCCAUGUGGAAGACAACGUUUGAGACUGGUUUUUCAACUAUAUGGAUCAUGCAGGAUAAUUUUUUUUCAGUUGCUCACAAGAAAUAUAUAGGUUUAUUACAGAAACCCUUUUGUUAAGAUCGUCAUUGGUUUGAAUUCGUGAAAUAGAAACAAAAUAUUGAGUUUUGAAGCAGAAUUGGAGUGGAAAACGUCAUAGCUGAUUAUAGUUCAGUGAAUAAAUCGACCAGAAUAAAGUAUAUAUAGGAAGA